UAAGAAAUUUCCAUAACCUAACUUGUUUGCAUUUCAUCAAAACAAAAGUGGUUGCAUGACUUCGAUUUUCAAUGCGACAACCAAUGAAAUAAAUAGAAUUGAAAGUGUAACGAUUAGCAUUCCGAAAUGGAAUUAUACAUUUACAGUGGUUUUGAUCAACUGCCAUCGAUUGAUUUCGACUGUCUUCGAAUUGCGGCAUAUGUGAAGUUCAAAGAGAUACCCGUGAAAAUAUCAACCAAUGGUAAUCCACAUCAUUCUCCAACGGGCUUUUUACCAUAUUUAAAGGACGAUAAUAAAAUAGUUGCCGGAUAUGAUGAAAUUAUCGAAUUCUUUCGAUCGAAGGGUUUCGGUAGUGGAGACUUCAUAUCCGCCUCAUAUGAAGCAUACUUUGAAUUUCAGUUCCUGCCGUACUUUCGCUACGUUCUAUUUGGUGAUCCAAACAAUGCUGACACAACACGCAUUCUGUACGCUAAAAGGACUCCAUUCCCAUUCAAUUUCGUUUAUCCACAAAAGUACAUCAAACAAACGUCGGAGUUUUUAAAAAUCGUUGCAAACUUUUCAAUCGAAGACAAACUAAUACACCACAACACAGCCGACAUGAUCCUAAAUGCGAAGAAAUACAUUAAUAUGUUGACAGAACGAAUCGACAAGAAGCGUUGGUUUUUUGGCGGUCAAAAGCCGAAUGAAUUCGAUGCAACCAUCUAUGCGGCCAUAUCCAUUCUGUUAAAUCUUCAGCUUCCAAUCAAUGAUUUGAAAUCGCACAUCACUGAGUGUCCGAAUUUAGUAAAUUACAUCGAUAGGAUACGCAAAAAAUACCUGAUGGAUAUUCGAGUCGGCGAAAGUGAACCAAAUCCCGCCAUAUUCAAUCGCGUACAGAAUGUUUUCAUCAACAAAGAGAAGGGAACUUUAUCGAAUGCAGUUGUAAAAACAAUGUUCGGUUUUUUGACCGUGGGUGCAAUGGUCUUUUUUGCAAUAAGCCAUGGCAUAUUGGAAAUUGUGACGGAUGACAAUGACAACGAUAAUGCACAAUACUACGGAGAUGAUGACGAUUCGGAAACGUUCGGUGACGAAUGAAGUUAAUAAAGCGAGAAACGAUGAAACAAUUUUCAUUUUUAAUCACAUUUAAGUAAGGUGAUGAAUAAGACUUUAUUUGGUUCAGUUUCAACUGAAUGGAUAGAUACAAAUUAUUAAAUAAAAGAAUCGAAUAUGGAUAAUUAUAA